CCAGUUCACCUCCUGAGUGUCCAUCGUUCAUUGAAAAUGCAUCCUGAAUUGUGGUCUUACCUCAACUUUUAUUAAUACAUAAACUUCCUUCCCACUGAAGAGUUUUCUUAUCAGAAAGCAGCAGCUCACUCACGACAGGUUCUUUUUUUUUUUUUUGCACAAUCCCCUGCAAUAAAAGCGGGUAAAGUGAGUCCAGAUUGGCCCAUUCAGGUGAAGGUUUGAUUUUUGACCUGGAAGACCAGCGUGAACUCGCUGCAGCAUGAAAGAUCCCGCCGUAACGGGAGCGCUCGGCUCCACUGAUAAUCCGCGCUGCACUUGACUCCGGACCGACACACACUCGACACCGCCGGGGGAAACAUGUCGCGUUUUGUCGCUCGCCUCCUCGUUGCGGUUUCUCAACAACGCGCGGCGGUCAGAUCAGCGGUGAUGCCGCGGAGGAUCCCUCUGUUCAUCCGCUGUUUCUCCACAUCUCCAGGCCUCAAGUCUCUCACACGUUACAACAAGACUACAGACUGGCAAAAGAAACUGACACCAGAGCAAUACUUCGUCACAAGAGAGAAAGGAACUGAAGAGCCCUUUAGUGGAAUCUACUUGAACCAUUUUGAAAUGGGAAUGUACCACUGUGUUUGCUGUGAUGUUCCACUCUUCAGUUCAGAGGCUAAGUAUGACUCAGGGACAGGCUGGCCAGCAUUCAAAGAGGCUCAUGGGACAUGGGAGCGAGACGAGAGCCAUGCCUCCAUUGUUCGUCGCCCUGACAACAGCCUGGGUAGUGCUGGUACAGAGGUCCUCUGUAAAAAUUGUGAUGCCCACCUUGGCCAUGUGUUUGAAGACGGACCAGACCCGACGGGGCAACGGUUUUGUAUAAACAGCGCAGCCCUCAAAUUCAAACCCAGAGAAAAUGGUGUAGCUGACACAGAAGAGCAGAAGUGAUGGACUUGCUUCAGUUUUGAUUGUAGCAUUUACCCAGAACAAGUGGGCUACAUUGUAUACCAGAAGUGGAUUGGUUGAUAAAGUAAAAAAAUAAAAAGGGCUACACUCUUAAAAAAAAGAAAAACAUGCAGCAUGUACCCUUUGAGUCAUUGCAAGUGUGUUUUUACUAAUGUUUGUUGAGUGCAUUAAGUUUAUUUUAAACUGUAAUCUGAAGGAAAUUACUCAUUUUUGUCAUUUAUGUACUUAUUAAUGUAUUAUUGCCAUAAAGAUGUAUCUCAGUUA